AUGCAAUUUGUAUAACAAAUUGUAUAUAUUCCAACAAACAAUGGUUAAGCAACGUAAGGAGUUUCCACACAAAAUCGAAGAUGUGGAUUCGAAGCUGGCAGAAGAACUCAUGAAGCAUUAUACAGGCGAGUUAACAGGUUUUGUGAGGGUUGGACCGAAAGGUUACUUUUUCCCUCACAAAUACAAAGAAUGUGCGGCGGAUUUUUACAACAUGUUAGUGAAACCAGACGACAUAUUCAUCAACACAUUUCCAAGAUCAGGUACAACAUGGACACAAGAAAUGAUUUGGCUGCUACAGAACAAUUUAGAUUUUGAAAAAGCUAAAAAUACUCCCUUGGCGCUAAGAUAUCCCUUCUUAGACUUUUCAAUGUUAGUCCACCCGGAACUUGAGAAACAGAUGUUUGAAGAGAAUAAACAAGACGAGGAAAAGCUGAACAUAGUAAAGAUCGCUAACAUGCCUGGUGUAGAAAAAGUCGAGAACGUACCGUCUCCCCGGUUCAUCAAAAGCCAUUUGCCAUUAUCACUUCUACCCCCUACUUUGCUGGAUAAAGCAAAAGUUGUGUAUGUGGCCCGUGACCCGAGAGAUGUUGUGGUAUCGGUGUACCAUUUCUGCAAGAUGCAUAAAAUUCAUGGCGCUCCAGACAACUUUAAAACGUUUUGGAAUUAUUUCAGGAAAGGUUUACAUUAUUAUGCCCCUAUCUUCGAACACGUCAAAGAAGCGUGGAAUGAAAGAAACCAUCCUAACAUGCUAUUUAUUUUUUACGAAGAAUUGCAAGAGAAUCUUCCAGCAGUUGUUAGGAAGGUUGCUUCGUUUCUGGGAAAAAAGGUUACCAAUGAACAAGUUCAGCAGAUCUGUGAUCAUCUGAGCUUCAAUAAUUUUAAGAACAACAAAGCUGUUAAUCACUCUUUGCUCAAAAAAAUUAACUUUGUCAACACCGAUCAGACUUUCAUCCGAAAAGGUAAAGUUGGUAGUUGGCGCGAAUAUUUCGACGAGGAAAUGGAGUUGCAAGCUGACGAAUGGUUUUCAAUAAACCUUCGUGACUCUGAUUUAGUAUACCCAACAUUUCCCACUAAGUGCAUUUUAUAAGUAAUAUCAUUUAAUAUUAACUAUUCAACUUCAGUAUUUAUUGAUAUGGUCAACUUAAGCUUAUAUUUAAUCAACAUAAUUUUAUAAUAUAAUAAAAAUGUGCAUUAACACCACACCCCUAAUACCGCCUUAAGAAUGUUUUUUUAAAUCAAUAUAUAUUAUAUAAGGGGUUCUUUAAGUACCUAUUUAGUUAAUAUAUGCACUAUAUCAUUUGGGUAU